AUGGACAAAACAAAGACGCUGGAGAUGCUCAGUGGCAUGAAAUUCAUGCAGCGGAAAGAGGAGACAAAACGUCGUCAACGCCUUGAGAUAGACCAACAAAAACAGUUGGAGGAGCAAAUGCAGGCAAAAUCUGGCGCCCGUCAUGGUACGAGUGGGAUGUCUAUUGGCUCCGCCUCACCCUUCACAAGGAAAAAAGCCACCGCAACUAUUCUCUACGACAGCGGCUUCCCGCGGGAGUCUUACAGCCUUGCCCGGCGCUCCUUUCUACGCAAGGUCAGUAGUACUAGUGUCAGCACUAAUGUUGCUGAGGACACUGCUGUAGGCCCAAGCGGUGGUGGUGGUGAGUGUGUAGAGGAUGCAAAGUGUGCAGGCAACGAAAAUUUUGAAGAGGAGCCUCAUCGUGGCGACACGGAAGAUGUGCAUAGCGCUGGAAGUGAGGACGAGGAUGAUGCGACGAUGUAUGACCCAACAGCAGUCGGUGGCAACAGUAGCGGCAAGCGUUUCUGCGUCAAGCUGCGGGCGCCGGCGUUGCCAAAAGGGCUGGAGAAGCAAGUGGUCGCUGAGGAAAGAAAGAAGCGGCGGCGGCAGGAAGAAUGA